AUGGGUGGCAGAUCAAAAGGAGACAGGGGUAUUGGAUCGUCGUUUAACUCUAAGGAUACAUGGAACGUGGAUAGGAUAUUAGUGCCUUUUUAUUUUACCAGUUUCCCUGAUGAUAUUGAUUCCAAGAGGCCAUGGACCAUUUGUGAUAAAUAUAGUGUAGUGUCAGAUGUGUACAUGGCUUAUAAGUUGUCAAAUCUUGGUAAGAAAUUCUCUUUUGUUGGGUUUAUUAAAUUUGGGAGGGAUAAUGUUAACACCUCCAAACCACAGGUGCAUUCUCAAAUUAGUAGAGAUAAGGGUAUGGUGAAUGGUGGAGGAUUUGGUUCAUAUGCGAAUGUUGUUAAGUCUGGAAUUGUCCCUGAUCAGUCAAAGAAUUUGAAGUCCAUUGUUUUACAGGAUUCAGAAAUUACGAACCCUCAAUCUUUAAGUCCCUCGAAUGAUGGUGAUGUUCCAAAGAUCGAAAACAUAUGGGGAAGGUGUUUCUUAGAGGAAGAUGGUGAAGCACCAUUGGCUAUGAAACAGGUUUGUAUCAAAACUUUGAAACCUUCUCUUAUUCAAGAUAAGGUUAAAUUGGCCAUUCAAGGGAUAGAGUAUAUUAUUGGGGUUUGUGAAUUGUCUAAUUGGGAACUGGAGAUUAUUGAUAGUGGAGAAUCUUUGGAUAGUGAUAUUCCAUCGCUUUUGGGAGAAUCGGAUGAUGAAAUUUGUUUUGGUCAGAAUAAUGUGGAUGAGAAUUUUCAUUUUACUCAUCAAGAAGGAAAAGAAAUUGGUGAAAUUGGAGAUGGUGGGGAUCCUAUCGAUUUGGGAUCCUAA